AUGGAACUCAGAGACAUCGACGUACUUUUCCGCAUAAGUACUCGCGAGGCCGAUCAGGGGGAAGAUCGUCUUCCCGUGACCACCGAUCGGAAUCGCGAGGAAAUUAACCGCAGUGUACGAUCGACAAAAUGGGCAAGGACUGUCGACUAUGAUGGGCAAGGACUGACGACAGAGAUGGGCAAGGACAGUCAACUAAGAUGGGCACGUGGCAACGACGACGACUACGACUUCUAUUCUACAACAUCGUCAAGUCAAUCAACAUCUUGCUACGUCACAUCAAGUUGCUGUUUCGAGUUCGAUGGUUUCGACCGUUUCGAUGGUUCGAUGGUCAACGACAAGUGGAAAGUGGAGGAUAUCGACGCAAUCAUCGUAUGGCUAAAUAUUCGAAAAUUGGCUUGGUAUGGCCAGUUGUUUAAUACCGAUCGGUCGGUUCAACCACUCGAUCACACACAUCCGAUACGCGAAUUCACGACCACCUGUUACGACUGCGCGCACAUGGAUGAGUUCAUGCACUGCUUUAAUGCACGAUUCAUGAAGUUCACGCACCUGAUACUGUACUGGAUUGCAGUGUGCUUGUCGAUUCGAGAGUGUGCUUGUCGAUUCGAGAGGCUGCAAGGUUUGGUAUGGGUUUCUGCUGCAGUAGUGUUUGUUAGGGGUGCCGCCGAUGUCGUUAAUGUAGAAGCCUUAGGCGUUAAAGUAGUUUCUGUAGUUGCUGAACUCGAUACUGUACUGGAUUGCAGUGUGCUUGUCGAUUCGAGAGGUGCAGUUGUAUGGGUUUCUGCUGCAGUAGUGUUUGUUAGGGGUGCCGCCGAUGUCGUUAAUGUAGAAGCCUUAGGCGUUAAAGUAGUUUCUGUAGUUGCUGAACUCGAUACUGUACUGGAUUGCAGUGUGCUUGUCGAUUCGAGAGUUGCUGAACUCGAUACUGUACUGGAUUGCAGUGUGCUUGUCGAUUCGAGAGGUGCAGUUGUAUGGGUUUCUGCUGCAGUAGUGUUUGUUAGGGGUGCCGCCGAUGUCGUUAAUGUAGAAGCCUUAGGCGUUAAAGUAGUUUCUGUAGUUGCUGAACUCGAUACUGUACUGGAUUGCAGUGUGCUUGUCGAUUCGAGAGGUGCAGUUGUAUGGGUUUCUGCUGCAGUAGUGUUUGUUAGGGGUGCCGUCGCCGAUGUCGUUAAUGUAGAAGCCUUAGGCGUUAAAGUAGUUUCUGUAGUUGCUGAACUCGAUACUGUACUGGAUUGCAGUGUGCUUGUCGAUUCGAGAGGUGCAGUUGUAUGGGUUUCUGCUGCAGUAGUGUUUGUUAGGGGUGCCGCCGAUGUCGUUAAUGUAGAAGCCUUAGGGGGGUCAAAGUAG